AUGGACGAUGGCGGGCCUCAAGCGGAGCGUUCGCGUCGUCUGGAGACGCAGGGGCGGCUGCAGGCACCUCCAAAGCCUGAACCUAAUCUGAAACCUGCUGGACCCACAUUACCUCCGUCUGCGUGCAUUUCUGGCUGCUGUGUGGAGAGCGCACGACUCGCAGAUGAGAGAGACUUCCUCCGAGGGUAUGCAGAGCGAUUGCUAGUGCAACUACGCGGCCUGUUACAGCGCUACGGAGAGCUGGAGAAGCUAAAAACACUAGCAGACGCAACUCAAAGUGACGAGGAUCCACACGAGCGCUUGGCUCCUUGGCUAACAGCCUCCGAGUACACGAACCCUUUGCUACAGGCCUACGAUCUCAAAAUCCAGGAGCUGGAGACAUCACUACUAGACAACAAGAAAGCGAUGGACCGCGUGGCGUCGCGAGCCGAGGGACUCGCCAGAGAGAACACUACACUGAGACAAGAACUGGAGGUGGCGGGGGAGAAGAUGGUGCUCCGGAUGCAAAAUGAGCCCAGAGACAUGCACGAAGACUUCAUGAACGUGCACGAGAACGGAGAGUAUUUACAGGAGAUCAACGAGCGUAUUGACGUGUUGAUGGCUGAGAACAAUAUGCUAAUGGAGCAAGUUUCUCUUCAAGACGACGAGAUGGGCGCCAUGAAGAAAGAGAUCAUCGACAGAGACCAGCAAUUGCAGAUUAUGGGGCAGAACUUCAACGAAGCUACCCUCGCACUGCAGGAGCUGCGUGACGCUUGCUCACAAGUUCGAGAGGAGAAGACACACUGCGAACGACAGCUACAACACUAUGCAGCGUCGAUCGCGCAGCUGGAGAGCGUGAAGGAGUCGCUGACGGAACAAACAGAGGCAGUUCGCAAAGAACGCGGCGAUCUAGAAACCCAGCUUAGCGAAUACGAAGACAUGAUGGAGAAGAUGAAGAGAAGCAACGAGCGCAAAGACGAAGCCUUCUCCACACGCUAUCAAAACGUGUGUGUGCGUCUACGCGAGCUGACAAAUGCACUCGAGAAGAAAGAGAAAACUGUCGAUGACUUACAAGAACGAAAUAACGGACUGCAAGGCGAGCUAGAUGGUGUACGGCAAGACUGUGAGGGCAUGCUGAACGUUCUUAACAGUAUGGAAAAGCAGCUUACUCAGUACUGCGCAAGAGAAGACGCAGUUGCUGAGAUGGAAUCGGAAUGUAAAGCGAAGGUUGAGGAAGCCAUUCUGGAGAAAGAAGAGGUGGCUGCUCGUGAGCUGCAAAGUCGACGGGAGAUUGUCCGACUAUUGGAGCGACUUCGACAACAAGCUGCAGAUCACAUGAAGACGCAAGAGGAGAGUUUGAACACUGUAGCUCGCAAACACGAGGCGGACAUGAGCAGUCGAGAACAAGAGAUUCAGUCUCUAAACGCUGAGCUCGCAGAUGUACGAUCCAGAAUUGAGGUGACGACAAGGAACCAUAAGGAGGCAGAGAAGAAACUGGCAGACUCAAUUCGCCGUGCUAAGGAUGCAAGCAUCGCGUUCGAGAAGAAACUCCAGCAUCUAAGCGAGCGUGCUGCAACAGCUGAAGAAGCUCGCGAUAUGGAACGAGUGAGUUUGAUGGAGCGAGAGCUGGAAAUGCGUCGUACUGAGGCACGUGAAGCAAAAGACGAAAGCGAAGAGCAGCACCGGAAAGUGCAGCUACUGAACGACCAGCUGAAUAAGGUCAAGGCGGAUUGUGCCAACCGGUUUACGAAUGAGUUCGAGAUACUGCAUCAACAGAAUCGAGAUCUGAAAGCCCAAGCUGCUGAACUGGAGUACAAGUUGUCUCUGGCCAAGAAAGAAGCCGCGUCAGUGCUGGACCGCUCUCGUAGCGAACGGGAGCGUAGCGAAGUGCGUUUGAUUGCAGAAGUCGAGAGCUUGAAAGCAAGGAUGCAGUCUCUCAAGGAGGAGAGAAAGCGUGUGGACAAGAGUCGACAGGAAACAGACGCCAAGUGCUCCGUUCUGACACUGCAGGUCCAGCAGCUAACCAGAGAUCUGAAUGAUGCAAAGGAGCUACUCCUGGAGCAGGAACAUGCAUGUGAUGAUAGCGACCGCAAAGUGUCGGAGCUAAGUGCCCAACUCACAGGGGCGCUCUCGAAACAACAACAAUUCUACAGACAAGAGCGUGAGCUCCGUACAGCAUUGGAGAGGAUGACACUCGAGAGAUCGCGGAUGGAGCGUGAAGCCACGGUAGGUGCUUGA